AUGCAGAACAUAGUAGUAGAACCGAACGAGCUGUUGCAGCACCAGCACCGGCAGCAUUUUCAGUCGCGGCAGCGCGGCGAAUGCUGUAAGGCCGAGCUUAACGGAGCAAACUCCGGCGCGGUUCCACAUCGCGCCAAUGGUCGCCCGCUCUCCCUGCCACGUGUCUUCUCCGGGCGGCUCGAGCACCUCAGCAUACCGUCGUCCCCGAGUGCCACAUCAGCCAGUGGACGGAGCCCCGCCCUGCGGGCCGGGAGGGUGCAAGGGGGGGACGGCGCACCUCGUGCGGAUGGGGGCAGCGCGGACGAGGGGGAGUGGGCGGACGAGCACGUGGGUUGCGCGGGCGGGUCGAGGCUAUGUGGCGCGCACGACCGAAGCGGGGACGGGGGGAAGAGGCGCGGGGAGGAGGAAGCGUGUCGAGUCACUCAGGGAAUUACGGAGAACAUCAGUGGACGAGGAGACAGCAAUGACGGUCCGGGAAAGAAAGCAAAUCAGCCCAAGGAUAGCGAUGAUAGCGUUGACGAACAUGACGUAGCUCGCGUUGACCGGGUCAACGGUGGUGCUUUAUCCGGCUCUGCCGAUGGUCCCGGUGCUAGUGGUGCUAAUGGCGCGAUUAUUGGAAAUGGGUGUAGCAGCGGGAGCUGCUGUAGCAGCGACGUUGAUACGCGCACGGGCAUGGCCGGCGGCAAGGCGAUGGCGAUGAAUAGAGUGUUCGUCAACAGACUAGGUCAUCUAGCCAUCCCCUCGCCGCGCUUUCCCCCGGAUACUCCCGACUCCGCCUCCCAUCCCGCCCAGCGCGACACUCCCGAGACCGCUUCCCCCCGUACCACCGCUUCCGCCUCUCCUUGCGUUUCCACCGCCGACGCCGUCGCCUCCGCGGUCGGCAAGGCGACCGCCGCCACAAGCACCGCCGCCGCCGCCGCCGGAGCAGCAGCGUCCCCGUCGCUGCCGCCUCUCGUCUCCGCCUCUUCCACCCCCUCCUCGUCCCUUGCGCCCACUCCCUCCGCUCCGGCCCCGCCUCUUCCCGUUCCGCACUCGCCCUCCGCACUUGCAUCCACAAAUAACACCUGUCCGAAUGCAACCUCCCUCCAACCCAACCCUUCAGAAACCGAUCCUGGCCAGUCUCUAUCCCAGCUAUCCGCCCCGUCUCCCCGCAGCAACCCCGCAAGCAACAGCGGCGGCGGCGGCGGCGGCGGCGGCGGAAGCGGCGGAAGCGGCAGCGGCAAGGGCGCAUGCACGUGGGCGGAUCUAUCCCCGCUGCUGGCGAGUCCGCACCCGCUGAUGCAGCAGCUGGCGGAAUCCAGCCCCGGUAGCGGCGGAAGGGGGAGGGAGCGCAGCCAGGAGCGGCUGCUGGUGGCCAUGUCGUCGCUGGCGCGGCUGAAAGAGGUGCUGGAAGGGGAGAGAGCGCAGCAGCUGCACGCCCUGCGGGAACGGCAGAGGGAGCAGCGGGAGCAGAGGCAGCUGUUGCUCAAUGCGGCGCUGAGCAUGCAAGGAGCGCUAGGGGAGUCCCGGUCUGUCUCGGUUGAUGGGGGUGGGGAGGGGCGCAGGGAGAGAGGUAAGGGGGAGAAAUGGGGGCUGCAAGGGCGGGAGGGGUUUCCACGUGCGGAGAGUGAAGGGUCUAGGGUUGGAGGAGGGAGGAGUCGGUUGUGUGAGGGGCGGAAGGUGUGUGAGGGGCGGAAGGUGUGUGAGGAGGACGGGGGGAAGGGAGCGGGAACGGGACCACGCUGGGAGAUAGAGGAGUGCGGAGCGGUGGAGGGGGGUGAGAAGGGAGAAGGCAGUGGGAGAAUGGAGGGGCAGGGAGGAGAGAGGAGAGAGGGAGAGGGUCGAGGAGAGGGGGACUCACAGAGAUCAAAUGGAGGAGAGCAGGUGGCAGGGCAAGGCGAGGCCAAGGAGACUGCAGAAGGAGAGACAAAAGAGCCCAUGACAAAGGGCAAUGGCGUGGGGUCGAAUGCACCGGUGCUGGAGCGGCCAGGUGUAGUAGGGCGGACAGGAGCAGGGGCAGCAGGGCGAACAGGGGCGGCAGGGCGAAUAGGGGCAGCAGGGCGAGCUGGGGAGGCAGGGAGGGGAGGAGGUAGAGGAGCAGCAGGGCGGGCAGGCACAGGAGCAGGAGCAAGGGGGAGUCGCAGUGUGUCUCCGGCAGCCCGUCGCAGCAGAGUGGACGAGAGGGAGUUUGAGCUGGCCUUCUCACACCUGCAGGUGUCCUGGACCAAGGGGUAG